GAUUUGAUACCAGCAUUUUGCCAAUUUGCAAAGACUCCCUUGGCUGGAUGUUUAACAGGCUUGAUACGAACUAUGACCUGUUGUUGGACCAGUCAGAACUUGGAAGCAUUUACCUUGACAAGAAUGAGCCGUGCACCAGGGCGUUCUUCAAUUCUUGUGACACGUACAAGGACAGUUUGAUAUCUAACAAUGAGUGGUGCUACUGCUUCCAAAGACAGCAAGACCCACCUUGCCAGACAGAACUCAGCAACAUUCAGAAGCAGCAAGGAGGAAAGAAGCUCCUAGGGCAGUACAUCCCCUUAUGUGAUGAAGAUGGGUAUUACAAACCAAGUCAGUGCCAUGGAAGCAUAGGGCAGUGCUGGUGUGUUGACAGAUACGGUAAUGAGGUGACAGGAUCCAGAACAAAUGGUGCAGCAGAAUGCGCUAUUGAUUUAGAGACUUCAGGUGAUUUUGCCUCUGGCGAUUUCCAUGAAUGGACAGAUGAUGAAGAUGAUGCAGAUGAAAUAAUGAAUGAUGAAGAUGAAAUGGAAGAUGAUGACGAAGAUGAAGGAGAUGAUGAUGUUGAUGAUGACGAUGAUCAUGAUGGAUAUAUUUGAUGAUAUUAGGGGGUCCAUGAAUUGUACCUUUCUAAAAUUCACAAGAUGACAUUUCAUAAAAUCCCUUUGCUCUCCAAGAUCAAAAGGAUUCUAACAAACGUGUAUAUUUUGUAUGAUUAUUUCAAACAUUGCGGCUGGAGUCAUAGACUUUUUUGUUUAAAUAAGAAUAAUUAUAUUAUG